GGAGAGGUGAAGACAGGUGCGGCUUCAAGAUGAAUCGACUUGUGGUUAUCGUUGCGACACUCUUUGUCCCCACUGCAUACAGUGCUGCAGGUGGUUUGUGGUGUUACCAUGAUCCUAGUUGUGAUGACACCACUUGGUCCACCAUUGCCAGUGAACAUUGCAAUGGAUCCCGUCAGUCUCCCAUCAACAUCGUCUCUGCAUCGGCAGUGGGCGACACAACCCUGACUGCCUUCACCUUCACCAAAUACGGAGACAACUCUACAAUGAAGACUAUCAAGAACACAGGCAACACUGUCAAAGUGGAGCUUAUGAGUGGCGUCCAGGUUGCAGGUGGGGCCCUGUUUGAGGCCUAUGACAGCCUGCAGUUUCACCUCCACUGGGGCAACGGUACCUCAGUCCCUGGGUCGGAGCACACAGUGGAUGGAACCCGCUACCCCAUGGAGUUGCACAUAGUAAAUGCCAAGUCUUCGCACAACGGUAACACGACCUCGGCCAUUGCAGACAGCACGGGACUCGCUGCUCUUGGCUUCUUCAUAGAGGCCAUGCCGGGUAAUGCAACUGGUUCACCAGCAGCCUGGAAUACUCUGACAUCCUACUUGGCCAACAUCACACUAAAAGAUGAGCAUGUAAACAUUACUCAUGCUAUUUCAUUGGAUGAGCUCCUGGAAGGGGUGGACCGUACCAAAUACUACCGUUACCUUGGCUCCCUGACCACUCCAAAUUGCAAUGAGGCUGUGGUUUGGACCGUGUUCAAGGACCCUAUCAAAGUCAGCAAGGACUUGAUUGAUCUGUUCAGCACAACAGUGCACAUUGACCACAACACCACCUCUGCCUUGAUGACCAACACCUUCAGGAACAUCCAGCCUGUCAACGACUGGGUGGUGACAACCCAGGGCCGCACAGCGUCGGGAGCCUCCACAACGUGCUCCUCUCUGGGCCUUAUGGCCCUGGCCUGCAUGCUGCUGAGGGUUUAGUGUCGGAAAGUAACGCCUCACCUGAAGUGCACUUCCAUAUCUCCAUGAACCCUCAAGCUACCAACAUAUAUAUCUUACAUCGAUUACCAAAAGGGGUCAUCUUGACCCCAAGGAGAAACUAUUGGAAAAAGCAACAAUCAUAGCGAAAUGUGUUAACUUAUUUAUCUUCAAAACAGAAUUAUUUAUAAAUGUAAUUAAUGUUAUCUGAAAUAAAAUGACCUAAACCGACUGUUAUUUUAGCAAAAAUAAAAAAUACAUGUGUCCUUUA